AUGGUAACUGAAUUAAUCAGUUUGUUCAUCUCAUUAUGUUAUGUCUCAGGUGAAGAUGCUCAAAUAACUGAAUUAGUGGACUUCAUAACUGCUGCCCAAAUAGCUGAAGAGCUUGAAAAGGACGCAGAUGAUACAACUCAGGGGGAUGAAGUUAGAAAUUCAAGUGAUAGCCCAACGCAUACUAAUAAUGAAACCCUGUUUGGGACUAUGGAGAAAACACUGCGUUUGCUUGAAAUGGGUUUCUCUGAGAGUGAAGUUUCAUCUGCAAUUGAGAAGUACGGUUCAGAGAUUCCAGUUUCAGAACUUGCUGACUCCAUUUUUGCAGAUCAAAUCUCUAAGAGCUGUGUUGGAGGAUCUGAGUAUUCCUCAUAUGCUUUUGGAACUGUAAAAGCGAAGACAGAGGAUUUUAGUUUCGAUGCUGUUUCUCAUUCGAGAAAUAUGAAUGGUUCUGUAUCUCAUGCGAGAAAUAUCAACAGUGCUGUAUCUCAUUCGAGAAAUAUCAACGGUAGUGCUGUAUCUCAUUCAAGAAAUAUUAACGGUGCUGCUGUAUCUCAUUCAAGAAAUAUUAACGUUGAGCAAACCUUUAGAGGAAAAAGGCCAAAACAAGAGUCUUUUGAUGACUGUCCAGAUUCUGUUUCUCAGUCUAGGAAUAUUAAUAUUGGGGGAAAUAGUAAGGGGAAAAGACCGAAACAGGAGAAUAUUGAUGACUCGAGUUCUUUUGUUGACUCUACGUGGAUUGAAGAAAAAGUCGACCCAAAAAUCACCAGAUACGGAAGGCCGAAUCUAUUCAGAGAAAAUCCGUCCAAGAGUCUUGAUAGAAUGGUAGCUAAACCUCCAUAUUUCUGUUAUGCAAAUGUUGUGAAUAUAUCUCAUGACUCUUGGGCAAAAAUUUCACAAUUCUUAUAUGCCCUUGAGCCUGAAUUUGUUAAUACCCAGUUUUUCUCAGCCUUGAGUAGAAAAGAAGGCUAUGUACACAAUCUUCCUACUGAAAAUAGGUUGCACCUCCUUCCAAAGCCUCCAAUGACCAUCGAAGAUGCUAUACCACAUACUAAGCAAUGGUGGCCAUCAUGGGAUACAAGGAAGCAGUUAAACUGCAUCAGUUCUGGAACCAGUGGAACACCUCUGCUCUGUGAUAGGCUUGGAAGGAUGUUAACUGAUUCUCGAGGACUGCUCUCAUCUGAACAGCAGAGAGAUAUCCUUCAUCAUUGCCGGACAUUAAAUCUUGUGUGGGUUGGCCAGUAUAAAUUGGCUCCCAUGGAACCUGAACAUAUAGAGCGUAUUCUAGGCUAUCCAUUGAAUCACACUCAAGCUGCUGAGAAUAGUUUAACGAUUAGUGUUUGA